AUGCUUUCUGAUACAUCUAUUUCUUCUACUUCUUCUACUUCAUCAUCUUCUAAUAAUGUUAAUAAUCAUUCUUUUACUAAUGAUGAUAAUAAAUAUAGAGAAUCAUACAAAAUUAAUACUAAAAAUUAUUCAAAUGAUGAAACAUUACCUUCUCAAAUUUCAUCAUCAGAAUCUGAUAGUAGUUUAGCUUCAAAAUGUAGUUCAAGAAAAGAAAGUCUCAAAAAUUUUAUUGUUGAAAACAUAGAAAAUUAUGAGGAAGUAGAUGAUAAUAUUAUAAAGAUUCGAGAAAAAAUUUCUUGCAAAAAACAGUCAUCUGAAGAUGAGACAUCUCGUGAAAGCAACUUAGGAGAUCGUGUAUUAAAAUUGUUAAAACGUAACACAAAAAAACCAGAAAUUAAACAAAAUAGUGUUCUUAGAAAAACACGUAAUAUUCAACCUGAGAAGAUAGAAGAAUUAUUUUUAAAUGUUACAGGUGAUGAUAUUGUAUCUGCAAUUUACCAUCGAAAUGUAACAGCAAUAAUUUAUUCAUAUAUUGCUGAUAAAUUAGAUAAAAAUUAUCGUGAUAAAAAUAAUAAUAAUUAUCUUCAUAUUGGUGUUGAAGUUGAUGAUAUUUUAACAAUGAAAACACUUCUUUUAUUAAUAGAAGAUUCAAUAGAACUUUUAAUUGAAGUUAAUAACAAUGAAAAAUGUCCUAUUGAUUUAGUGAAAUCAGAUGGAAUGAGAAAUAUAUUAUCAGAGUUUGCCUCUGAAAGAAAACCACCAUCUGAAAUGUUACCAGAUCAAAUAUUUAGGAUUGCUAUGAUUGGUGAAAUGGCAAGUAAAAAAAUUGAAAAUAUAACAAAAGAUAGCAAAAUUAUGAUUUCAUUAGAUGGUGGUGGUAUUCGUGGUUUAUGUACAAUUCAAGUAUUAAUGGCAAUUCAAAAAAAAAUGGAUAAUAAUUUAUGGGAAAAUGUUGAUUGGGUUGCUGGAACAAGUACAGGUGGAAUUUUAGCACUACUACUUUCAUUAAAUUAUUCUCUUCAUGGUGUUAGAAAAGCAUAUCUUAAACUUAAAAAUGAGGUAUUUGUUGAUCGUUUUAAACCAUAUUCUUCAGAAAAAAUUGAAAAUCUUUUAAUAAAACUUUUGGGUAAAGAUGAAACAAUGGAUAAGAUAAAAAAUAAAAAAGUUGCUGUUACAACAGUUAAAUGUAAAGAUAAUUUUAAAAGAUUUAAUUUCAAAAUGUUUAGAAAUUAUCAUUUAAGUGAAGAUAAAAAUAAUAAUAAAAAUAUAAAUAGAACAAAAUAUUAUAAUGAAGAUUAUGGUUAUGAUAAUCCAUCGCAUAAUUAUAUAUGGAAAGCAGCUAGAUGUACCAGUGCAGCACCUCAUUAUUUUCAUACAUUUGGGAAUUAUGUUGAUGGUGGUCUUAUAAGUAAUAACCCAUCAAUUGAUUUAUUAACAGAUUACUUUAAAUAUCAUCAUCUUGAAGCUUUGAAUAAAGAUGGUAAAAUAACAACAAAACCAGUAGAUGAUAUUUGUUGUUUCAUUUCUCUUGGAACAGGAUCUAAACAAGUAGGAAUGGAAAAAGUUGUUGAAAAUGAAUUAAAAGAUGUUUCUACAAAUGAAAAAAUGAUUCUUUCAAGAUUUGUAACUAUAACAAAACAAAUUAUGUCAAUUAUUUUUAAAGUAUUAGAUUCUGAUGGUUUGCCUGUUGAAAGAACAGCCAGUUGGUGUAAUUCUAUUGGUGUUCCAUUUUUUAGAUUACAACCUCAUCUUCCAGAAGAAGUUGAACUUGAUGAGAAAAAAAAUCCUGUCAUAAUAAAUAUGUUGUGGGAUGUUGAAAAUUAUAUAAAAAAUUUUCAAUAUUAUGAAAUUGAAGCACUUGCAAGAUAUUUAGAUACUAUUAUAGAUGCUAGAAAAUUAUGUAAACAAGAAGAUACAAUAAAUAAUCAAUAA